AUGAAGACGAUAAAUGGUUAUAAGAAUCCUUACAGAAAGGAACCUAAUCUGGACAAGAUUGUUGAUCAGCUGUGCACGAGACUUCAAGACAUUAAAGAUCAAGACGGCUCGUCUGUAGGUAUGCCAACCUGUUCCAUAGAACAGACAGAGGCUGUGCGUCGAUACUACGCAGCUUUCCCCGCUCUGAAGAAAGGUCAAGAAUCGCCGUUGCAGUAUUACUUGCCACCACCGUCGUGGUGUCGUAAAACUAACACCGAUUCAAAAGUCAAAAUGCAAAGCGAACUGUCAAUGUCAAAAGAUUGGAAUACAAAAAACAAAAAGUACUGCUCGGGCAAGGAGCGACGGAAUUCAUACCACGGGCCGAAGAAGAACAGCAGGAAACGUCACAACAGUUACAGCAGGUCCCUGGAGAGUAAAGAGAACCUGCCGGAGUGGAUGACUCACGAGGGAGUGUGGGACAUGGAGACACAGGAUCCCGUCAAGGAGUUCAUUAGAGCCAUAGCACUGGACGAGGGAUACGGAACGUGCGAGAACACGGUCACCGACGAACUGAAGGACGUGACGCGCGUGCGGUUCAGGCUGGACGACAACAUGGUGCCCGACUGGGACGACAGCCUCGACCUGGACGCCGAGUGGCUCAUCACCGAGGACCUCAACCCGCGGGCGCGCUCGCCCGUCGAGGAGGAGCUGUACGCCAAGUUCGAGGCCAAGUUUGACCGGAGCAUCGAAGCCCUGUGGUCCAAGGAACAGAACACCCCCGACGACGAGUACCAGGACCUGCCCAUCGACUUCCAAGAUCUCCUGUCGUCCCCCUCCGACCAGCUGUUCGCGGACCCCGCCCUCGAGAAACGCAGCCUUGCCUCGCUCACAGAAAGCAUCCGCUCGGGCGACGUGGAGCCUCGCGCCGCCUCGCCCCCGCGCUCCCCCGACGGACUCAGCGCCCGCCUGCGACCGCUGCGUCUGCACGAUGCUCGCGCUCCGCCCCCCUGCCCGAGGGAGAUAGAGUCGUUCGCACUGUACGAGGGCGAGGAGUUCUACGACGCGCUCUCCGUCGUGGCCAAGACCAUGCGCUCGCUGGCCGCCAUCAACCACAGCCGCGACGGCAGCGGCUUCGCGGAGGUGCCGCCGCGGCGCCUCGCCCCCCAGCCCCCGCCGCCGCCUAUCGUUCCCCGCGCUCCCCCACGACGCGAGCCCGAGCGUGACCGCGAGGACCCUCUCACCUCGUCCCGCACGCACUUCCGCCCGAUCCGCCGCGAGUCCGAGGCCGACCCUCCCCGCUACGCGGACGGAGACACCUUUGACAUCCGCGGGGACCUCGACACCGUCGAGUUCAGACGCAGCGAGUCCGGCGGCGUGUACCUCGGCGCGACGCUGGAGCGGUACCUCGAGUACCGCGCCUCCCGCGGCAUCGACUACGGCCGCCUCAACCUGACGCCCGCCCAGCGCUGUCCGGACCUCGACGACCCGGGCUUCCGGCUGCGCUUCCCGCUGCGGCAAACGGACGCCGGCGUGCAGACGGAGCGCCGCGCGGACGCUGCCUGGGAGUGCGACGAGUGCGGCGGCUCCGUCAAGAAGAUGCGCGCCAGCACCAUCGAGAGCAUCUGGAGCGAGGCCCACGCGUGCCGCUGCGGCGCCCGGCCGUCACCCGCCGCGCCCGCCGCCGCGCCCGCGCCCGACGAGCUAUCGAGGGACUGGGAGGAGCUGCUGCGGGACAUCAGCGCCGCGCACCGCCUGUACGCCAGCGAGGCGGCCGGCGACGAGGACGGCGGCGGCGGCGCGGACCGGAAGCGGCGACACAGCGCGGCGCUGCGCGGGGGUGGUGGGCCGGGCGCGGCGGGGGACGGCGGCGGGGGAGGCGGCCCGCGCUGCUCCCACCCGCACGCCCGCUUCCUCCACUGCUGCGGCUCGUCCCCGGACCGGCCCCUCACCCGCUGA